AUGAACAAAUUUUUCGAAAUUGAAGAAUCAGGAUUUGAAAUUUUGGACUCUUUUGAACAAGACAAUGAUUUUGUUGGACAUCGGCAAUUAUUUACUAAAGCACCAGCAUUACAUUGGACAAAUUAUCCACGCGAAUCAGAUGUCCAAGUUACGUUUAAAUUUACGUUCCCAAAGGGAACAAUCCCCGAAUGGAUAUUUAGAGAUUGGAUUAAAAUGGCGAAAGAACAAGUUGAAUGGAAUUAUAUAUACGAGUGGAACAAUGGGGUUUUGCUACGAGCUGACGAACUUGUGAAAAUCACCCUAAUUCGUCUUCAAGGAGAACCUAAUAUUAUUGAACUUUCUGGGAGAAUAGACACAGAAGAGGCUGCCGAAGAAGAAUUACAAGAGAGAAGGGACAGCAAUGAACAACAAAUUGAAGAUGGUCUUGAUUGUAGUCCACCCUCUUGUCCAUUAAAGAGAGUUUGGCCUUUUUUGGUGCAAAUUUUUCAGCCUUUGCUUUCUGGCAUUGAUAGCUACAGAACACUUCCAUUUAAUCUAAGCCUUAUGUUUAUUGGCGAGUGCUUCUUUACCUGCCCAGAAGGUGCGCAAAAAUUAACUGCUCGUUCUCUGGAUGCUAUCCAAACCUUAAGUUCUAUUCAAAGAAUUAAAAAUGUCCGGUUUAAAGCUGAUCAGGAUCAGAUUUAUUCUCUCAAUUUGGAUCAAUGCUUUCCAGACUUUCGACCUACCAAAAUGACUGACUUUUCACCAGCUAAUUACCCUCUAACAUUGAAACAGCAACAAAAUUAUUCACAAACUAAAGGCAACACUAGUCCCCUCUCUCCCCUAUUAUAUUCCUCUUCCUCAACUUCUGAUGAACCGGCAACGUCCGCUACUUCCCUGGGGGAUUCCCGCGUACAAUCACCACGAACUGUGACAGAGAAAAAACGUGUGGAUCGCUCCCCGUCUUGUGUUCCUUCAUUUGAUUCAAAAACUGAACAGAUUUGUUCCUCUCCCUCACCUUCUCCACAGCCUCAGCAUUGUUUGAAUGUGGAGGGAAGUGGAUACAAGUAA